AUGGGUUUCAUCGCUCUGCAAUCUUGGAGCAGAGGAGCUUCAGCUUUUGUUCAUCUCCUUCGUCCAGUUGGUCCGAACCCUAAUCUCUAUGAUGAUGCUCGAGCAGUACAAGCGGUCAAAUUCCUUAAGUUUGAUGUAAGAGCCUCUUCGAGUAGUCGUAAAUCAAUUAAGAAACUCAAAAAAGAAUCUCAACAAAGUAAAGACAUAACAAGGACAAGUGUUACAGAAGAAGAAGAAGUUGCUCAAGUUGAUGACUUUUCAACUUCAAAGGAUUCCAUUGAUGAUAUUGUUGUUGUUGCUGCUCCUCGAGACAAAGUGCUUCAAGCCUGUAUUGUAACUUCUGGUUUGAUGUCUGCAUUAGCCUUGAUCAUCAGGAAGGCGUCUCAUGUUGCUUCAAGUGAAGGAUUAUUACCUGUCCCUGACUGCUCUACAGAAUUACCAUUUGGGUUUGAAACUUGGCAUCUUGGGUUAAUUGCUGGAAUUGUUGUGUUUAUAUCAUCAAGCCGGUUCCUGCUACUAAAAUCUUGGCCAGAUUUUGCUGAUUCUAGUGAAGCAGCAAACCGUCAGAUUCUUACUUCGCUCGAACCUCUAGAUUACCUUGUUGUUGCAAUUUUACCUGGAAUUAGUGAGGAGUUGCUCUUUAGAGGUGCAUUGAUGCCUUUGUUCGGAACCAAUUGGAAUGGUAUUGUAGCAGCUGGACUCAUCUUCGGUUUUCUUCAUCUCGGAAGCGGAAGAAAGUAUUCUUUCGCAGUUUGGGCAUCAAUUGUCGGUAUAGUAUAUGGUUAUGCAGCGGUUUUGUCGUCGAGUCUUGUUGUUCCGAUGGCCUCUCAUGCGCUCAACAAUUUGGUCGGAGGUUUGGUGUGGCGCCACACUUCCAAGCUCAAGUUGUUGGAGUGA